AUUCAAAGCAUCGGUGCCCACCGAAUCACCUAUCGCACUCCAACACUUCCAAAAAAAACACACGCACACAUGGCAAGCGCACUCGCCAUUGGCGCCGGAGUUGCCGUCGCAGCCCUUGUAGGCCGAGCAGCCCUACGAGCCUCCUCCCGAAUCGGCGGAAAAUCAUUCUACAGAGGCGGGUUCGAAUCCAAAAUGACGAAACGGGAAGCAGCACUCAUAUUGGGUAUACGCGAAAGUGCAUCAAAGGAUAAACUCAAAGAAGCGCAUCGGAGAAUUAUGUUGUUGAAUCACCCGGACAGAGGUGGGAGUCCGUAUUUGGCGAGUAAAAUAAAUGAGGCGAAGGAUAUGCUGGAUAAACGGAGGUAGUAGCGGCUGUUUUGGGCGAUGGGGUCUGUGCGUAUUGGUUUGGGAGGUUGGGGUAGAAAGGAGAGGAAGCCGUCCGUGAACGGGAAAUGGUGCAGCAAGUGUGGUGGGGAGAACGGCAUUGGUACUUGUGCACAGGCGUGGAUGCCUACAUCCAUGUAUCUAGAUCAAGAUUUGCAUUUUUUUAUUUAUGAUAUAUCAGUCUUUUAUCAGCCGAGA